UCCUGUGCUGUGGAUACAGCUUCAACAGAUGACAACAAAAUUUAAUAUUCUUUGUGGCUCCAGGUGCAUGGUAAGGACACCACCAUCUGUUGCAUAUCUGUCAUUCAUGAACCUUGCAGUGGGGCAAUUUGCCUGGAAGAAGUAAAUUAACCUCCAGGAAGAACAGGAAGGAAUAAGUGGUGAAUUGUAUAGCCUUUCAAAAAACUGCACAUAUAUUUGGACCUGCGUAGAUCACGCAUCGGAACAGAUGGAUAAUGGAGACUGGGGAUAUAUAAUGACUGAACCUGUCACUCUAAAUGUGGGUGGUCACUUGUAUACGACGUCGCUCACCACUCUCACAAGGUACCCUGAUUCGAUGCUGGGAGCCAUGUUCCGGGGGGACUUCCCCACUGCCAGAGAUUCUCAGGGCAAUUACUUCAUUGACCGGGAUGGACCACUUUUCCGGUAUGUUCUCAAUUUUUUACGGACAUCAGAGCUGACUCUGCCUCUGGACUUCAAGGAAUUCGACCUGCUUCGAAAAGAAGCAGAUUUUUAUCAGAUUGAACCCUUAAUACAGUGUCUCAAUGACCCCAAACCUUUGUAUUCUAUGGAUACCUUUGAGGAGGUGGUGGAGCUUUCCAGUACUCGCAAGCUUUCAAAAUAUUCCAAUCCAGUGGCAGUCAUCAUAACACAGCUCACCAUCACAACCAAGGUCCACUCAUUGUUGGAAGGGAUUUCCAACCAUUUUACCAAGUGGAAUAAGCAUAUGAUGGACACGAGAGACUGUCAAGUUUCUUUUACGUUUGGGCCAUGUGAUUACCACCAAGAGGUCGCACUCCGCGUCCAUCUUAUGGAGUACAUCACAAAGCAAGGUUUCACCAUCCGAAACACGAGGGUCCACCACAUGAGUGAGCGAGCUAAUGAAAAUACAGUUGAACACAACUGGACUUUCUGUAGAUUGGCGCGAAAAACGGACGACUGAUAACCUUUUUCCUCCUCUGUUUUUUGUUCACUCUCCAGAAGCGAAAUUGCCAUUUCUCAGAACCAUGUAUUUCAGUGACUGGAGUCUGGCCUUGACAGAAACAACCUCGGAGGUUCUCCUUUUUAAUAUUUUCUUUUCUUUGUUAUGAAUAUUUAUUAUUUGAUUUUUAGAGUCUGGAGAAUGGAUAUGCUCUGGCCUCUUGUCUUUUGUCUUGUGAGAAACGUAUGCAUGUGCCUGCUUAACUUGUUAAGUCUCUUUUUAAAUUAAAAGAUGAAGAAAAACAAAUCACCCUUAGAAAAAAUGUUAAAAUUAACUACAUUAGGACACCCCACCCCACCUUUUUUUUACAAUGCAGUUUAAAGUACUAGAAAUCAUAUUUUGGUUUAAACUGCAUUUAAUUCAUUUAAUUCUAUUGCAUACCACUGGGAACAAAAGAGACUCCAGUUCAUACUGAACGCCUCCUACACAAGUUAGAGUGAAAUGAAUGGAAAUAGUAUGAAAGGAGCUUGUGUUGGAUACGUUCCCUCUGGAUCAUACCUAGAAUUGUUCAAAUGCAGUUGGAGGAAAAACUAUCAUCAUGUAAUCUAAUCUAGUUUUCCUUGAACCACUAAACAAGCAGUAUUAUUCAAAUGAUUUAGUUACCAAAAAGUCUCCACUCCCUCCCUUAUUUUCAAAAAAUACCGCAUUUGUCAGUUAUCAUGACUGUUUGUUUCUAUGCAUUAUAAAUCAAGCAACCAAAUAUUAUGUGCAGCUAUGAAAAUACAAGUAGAAGUAUUUAUGUUGGUUCUGAAUGCAAAAACGUCCCUGUGGUAGAACUCCUUUAUUUUUUAAUGCCUGGUGCAAUAUUCCCAAGUGUAAUGCUUGCCAGCAAGAAGCUAAUAAAAACAUGAAAUAUGGAAGCCA